AAUCAGUGUAAAGGGGAAGGGAAAUUCUCUGUUCAGUCAGAAGGAGCAAUAGAGGAAAGUGGAGCCUGACUGUCAGCUGAGUCACAUCCACAGGGGGAGUAGGUGACAGUUGGGCACACGGCACAUCAUUCCCAGUCGCUGAGCGGAGAGGGGCACACGAGAGGCUCAAGGGGGGUCACAGGAGCUUUGCCAUCCAUCUGGGAUACCCAGGACCAGACUCACGGCUCAAGCUGAAGGAUAGGGCUGACAUGGAGGAAUAUGACUCUUUACUUCAGGAACUCACAGAGAAUAUCACCAAUGAAGACCUAGACCUACUAAAGUCAGCUUGCAAAGAGGACAUUCCGAGCGAGAAGAGCGAGCAGAUCGCAUCCUGCCAGGAGUGGUUCAGUUUCCUGGAAAAGCAUGAAAAACUGUCAAAAGACAACCUUUCCUACAUCGAACACAUCUUUGAAAUUUCCAGACGCCCUGACCUCCUCACCAUGGUCAUUGACUACAGGACCAAAGUUCUGAAGAUCUCAGCAGAGGAAGAACUUGACACAAAACUCACUCGGAUCCCCAGCGCCAAAAAGUAUAAAGAUAUUAUAAGGCAGCCCUCAGAAGAGGAGAUCAUCAAGCUGGCCCCACCUCCGAAGAAAGCCUGAAAGAGGAUCGGAGAGAAGAAGACCCUACAUCCUGUUGGUCUCCAUUGUUAUUUCUCACCUGUUCACUUUGGAUCUCCCUGCCCCACCCCUGUGCACAUUACCAUCAAGUGCAAGGUCGGAGCUCGGGGUGGGGCACCACUAGAUCCAUGCUCAUCGAUGACCACUAACAACAGUCCUAACCCCAUUGUGUGUGCUCUGUGUCUUGCAGUCUGUCCAUCCCCACCCCAACUUCUGACGCGUUUCGUAAGCGUUUUAAUAUAAGUAUCUCUUUUUUUGUCUUAUUUUUGUGAGAUAAGAAGUGGCUUGAUACUAUUUUAUUAUUGGUUUGUGUGGUUUGGAGAUUUCUAUGCAAAUGGAAACUAAACCUUUCUAGACUUUUCCCCCUUCACCUUGCCUCAGCUACCUCUGUUUCCACCAUAGCAGACUGCAGAUGGCACUAGAAGUGUGGCCACAGGCAAGGGGGGAGGGGGCUUGGUGUUGGCGUGUUUUUGUCUUUGAUGUUCAAUGAGGAGAUGGUGACUGGUUCUGAACUGGAUAUUCCAACCCACAUUGGAAGCCUCUGUCUCGCAUGAGCAGACACUUUCUCUUGGAGAUGAAGAACAUGGGGACAGUUGGCCCAUCUUGGUGCAUCAAUGUGCUUAAUUGGACUAGUAAAGUUGAAUUAUAUUAGUAAAUAGACCCUUCACAUGCUCCUCUAGGACAAAUAUAAUUUAUAAAUUUAGUGCAGAGAUGUCCUGUAUUGGAGUUAUUAUAAGAGAGGCCCUACUCUUAGGAACUAACCAAUCUAGCAUUAGAAGAUAAUGAUUUGAAGUCUACUGGGUUACAAGCUGACUGGCAAACUUAACUCCCCACAAAUUACCCUUAAGGACAGAACAAUGAUUGGCUGGACUGAGACUUUUUAAAAAGGCACCUGAUGCUACAAUUCGGGGUGUUAGUAUAGAAGCAGGACCUGUGACUGCUACAUAUUUGGGAAUACGCAAUUUUGGGAUAUGUAGUCAAGCAAGGUACUGUAUAAGGCCUAUAUGGAAUGGAGCUUACAACCCAUUGGUACACAGAGAGAACAUGCCACAGUAUUCCUCGUGAUGGAAUAUUACAGAAUAUUAUAAUGCAAAAGUGGCUAUAAAAAUGCACCCAGACUGUACUGGAUCAAUACAUGAAAAAUGUUAAGAUGAAGGAGCUCACCAAGAGCCAAUGUUAUGUACACCCUGGUAUUGGAAGGUUACAGUGGUUAAUGAAAAUACACUAUGUGCUAUAGAAAUGGAGUAGAUGGACUGAGUAUGUAAGUUAUAUAUAUUUGCAAUACAUGUAGAAGUGGGAGAACGGCGGAUAAUGGUGUAUCAUAUUGGAAUGCAUCAUCCUAUAGAUAGAAGUUGUUAUGGGUUACGGGUCUCCUUAGAGAUAAAUGGCAACAGUCGUAAAUAAAGCUUGGUUUUAGGGAACAAUUUAUGGUAUUGCUGCAGUUUGAGUGCAUAUUUAUAGCUAUUUAUUUAUUAUUUCUUCUGCAUUUACUAUACAGUUUUAAGAGCGAAACUGGGUUUCUUUCCCAGGAUUUCCUCUGCUCUCUAUAGGGUUAGUAAAUACCGAGGAACCGCUAUGGGUUCUAAGCUCAACUCCGAAUCUGGUAUAAAAAGCUCUUAUCCAUCUCUUGGUUGCUUUCUUUGCUUAGUACAUAGAAGAAAGCAGGUGUAUUCAAUUGUAUAAUGGUGACAAGAAUAGCCUUGCUGCAAGAGACCUUGCCUACAAUGGGCCAUUGUCACUCAAGGCUAUAGCCCCAGAGAACAAAGGUUUGUGUAAUGUUCAGUCGAGAGCCGCUCACCCACUCUUCUUGGUUGUGUGUUACCACUCAAUUUGCCAAGGGCCGUAAGCAAAUGUGUGUUGUCACUGCUUCUAUCAGAUUGCUGGGAAGGAGCGUGUGGUGUCUUUGUGUCCCUGUCUUUGUUGUAUUUUAUCUUUAACGAGGCCGACUCUGCUGAACAGUGGUGAGUUCUUUUGUCAUUGUGCUCUGUUAGGUGCAAAAUUCUACAAAUGCCAUAUAGUGAAGAUUCAAAUUGGUUCUUUGCAGGAUUUAUCAUAUGCCCAUACUGUAUGUCAGAAUACCUAAAAUAUAAUACGUCCAGGUUAAUAUGAGGGGUCUCCAAAAAUGAAAGAGCAAUCCCUAGAGGAUCCUUGGGUCAAUUAUUCAUUGGAUAUUUCAAUACCCAAUGACAUUACAGAUCAAGGGUGUUCAACCUGCUGUCCACCUACUUUUCCCAUUAUGUUCAGCCAGGUGACAUACCUAUCCAGAUUUGGUUAGGAAGGCUGGUAGGUUUUGACCACACUGUCCAAAAGUCUGAAUAUGUAUGCCUGGUUGAGGGUCAAUUUUAAGAGACCCUUCUGCCAUCCAUAGGUCAAACAUAUGGUUGCCUGCAGUGGGGUGCAUACUGGGCAAAUCGAGAUCCAGGCCAUAAAAGCUCUCCUUUAUAAAGAGUUGGCCGCAACUUGGACACCUUCAUAUUGAUGCCCUCUUAAAACACCUGCUACAUGCCUUAUAAUGCACAAUAUUUAUAAUCCCUCCUAAUAUCCUGACUACGAAUGACAUUUUUCAAAAUUCUCGACCUAUUUUUUAUUAAACAAAGUCACAGUAACAGAUAUAUGUAUAUAUUUAUAUAACUAUUUCAAUUGGGCGCACAAAUAGUUUUAUACAAUUGGGACACGACUAAGAGGCAGAUUUAUCAAGGGUCGAAUAGUACAUUUGAAUUCAAAUUCAGAAUUUGUGAGUUUCAGAAUUCAAACAUUCGAAUUUUAAUCCCCCUAUUCCAAUGUAAAUUCGAGAGUGAGAUUUAUCACACGUCGCCCAUGGAAACAUUCCUAAUUAGAAUAUUUGCCACCUAAAUCCUGCCGAGUUAAUGUACAAGUUAAUGGCAGAGGUGUCUUGAGCCAUUUGGAGAUUUUAAUAGCCUUCCUGACAUUCGAGUUUUAUUUUCAGGAGAAAAAUUUCAUUUGUACAAAUCGAAUUUUCGUGCUGAACCAUUCCAUCGAAUAUUAGGCAUUCCAAUGUUUUCUUAAAAUAACCUCUCAGUCGAAUUGCGAGUAUAUUUGAAUUUAAAAAAAAUUCACAUGAAUUAGAAAUUCGACCUUUGAUAAAUGGGCCGCCCCAUGUAAAAGAAUAAAUUCCGAGUGAUAUUUUUGUAAUAGAUUAGAAUAAUCUUUUACCAGAAUUAAACCCGUUUGAUUUUUAUUUUGGUACAUUUGUUUUGCACCUUAUAAAAUCUAUAUUGCAGCAGAUAUACUGGAAACAGGGACAUGGGGAGAUAGAUUUACCAAGAUUUAAAUGCUUUUUAUUGAUCGUCGUAUUACCGUAUUCUCUCAUUUUCCAACCUAUUGACAAAAUGUUAAAAAACACUAAGGUGGCAUUUUAUUAAUUUUUGGGAAAAAUUUAAAAGAUCAUGCACCUCCAAUUGACUUCCACAAAAGCUUGCCAGCAUUUAGCUGCCUAAUCUUUUAACUGGAGUUUUUUUAAUGGAUAUAUUUUAAAAAUUUGAGAUUGGGGGGAAAAAAGUGAUUUUUAGAAUAUCAACCUCAUAGUGACAGGGCAGAGCAAAUUUCAGGUGUCCACAAUGAUACUUAAACUGCUUUAAUAUUUCAUGUCCAUGGCGAUGGCUGCCAUAUUCCAGUAGGAUAAACAGAUUCCAUAGAGGUCCUACCAUCCAGCUUGUGUCAUUGUUGUGUAACGUUGGCACCUAAGUGGCUUUAUUAUAAUGUUUUACUGUCCUUUAGUCCAUAUUAUAUGGAGCGCAGUCAUGAUACAUGAUAUCUAUGCUGUAUACCCACUAAGACAUAUGCCAGGUGGGUGAUUAUACAAUGAACAGGAUUUGCAUCAUUCGAACCCAUAUCUCAAUAUAUGGCAGGAAAUUGGUCCAAUCUCAUCUUCAGUUUUUGUAAAUAGUGCCUUCCUAGCUGAUAGACUGUAGACUAGUUCCCUAUGGGAGGGUCACCAGAGGAUUAAAAAAAAAAUUAAAGUCUCAAUUGUUUUGACUCAAGGUCAUUUGUUUGGGUACCAAGGCCAUUUUGGGUAAUGUUCCUCACUCCUCAAAGGCCUACGACAUACUCUGUUAGCAUACGUUCAAGAACCCAAAGCCAUUACAGUUUGAAAGACAAAAAUAUCAACACUUAAUGAAAGCCAAAUAAACCACUCAAAGAGAUUACAUUUCUGGAAAACCACAAAAACCCCAAAGCCUUAAAGCAAUCUGACCUCCUGUUUUUCAUGAAUUGUUAUCUCACCCCCAAACACUAGCCACUUUCUCUUGAUUUACUACCACUGGCACAAAACUGCUACAUAUUAGACAAUGUCAUAUUCCGACAUACUAUGGCAAGACAGAUCUAUAGGUGGCCAUAGACACACAGAUAAUAUCGUACAAAACUA